GAAAAAUCGUGAAAAAUACAAUUUUGUUGCUAUUUAACUUUUAUCAGUUUUUAAAGUGAAUUCAUAUCAUUUUGAUACAAUUGACACAAUAAUCAACUAGUGUACUUUAACAGUCAUGAAAUCUGUGCUGCCGAUAGCUGUUGGAAUUAUUGGUGUUGGCGCCUUAAUUUAUAUCUACAUAAGGCAGCGCGAUAAGGAUAAAAAGAAAAAACCCGACAAUGAUGAUAAUAGCAAAGAAACUACUAAGAAUAAUGAUACAUUAGAGUCAUUAGAAUUUACAGUUGAUAAUGAUUUGGUGCCCUUGAUUGUUGGACGAAAUUCGGUGAAUUUAAAGUCGAUCGAGGAAAAGACAAAAACACAAAUCAAGUUUCGUUCGUGCGAUGACGAUCAUCAAAUGUGUACAAUAAAUGGAAAGGUUAAUGACGUAAAGAAUGCUAAACAAUUGAUUGAUGCUGAAGCACAAAAGCAACCGAUAAUAACUGACGAGAUCUUAGUUCCGACAUCAUCAUGUGGCAAAAUUGAAGGAUAUAGUGGAUCUGUAUUACAUGAUAUCUGUCAAAAGUCAUCAGCUAAAGUUUGGGUCGAUCCAGCAACUAGAAAAGUACAAGGAGAAAAUCGUCGUGUAUUAAUUACUGGAACUAAGGAACAAGUUGAAAUGGCUAGGGCAUUAAUUGAAGAAAAGAUUAAGGAGCCGACAGUUGAACAAUCAUUGCAAGUCGAGGAAAAGAAGGAAAAAUCUCCAAGCCCAUUCGCAAGCAACUCAAGCAUUACAACAACUGAUACACCACGUGAAAUUAUGUUGCCAUCACCAGAAAAGUUCAAAACAAAUGAUGGACAGCUUGAAGUCUUUGUUAGCUCUGUUAAAUCACCUUCACGCUUUUGGGUUCAAAUUUGCGGUCCACAAAACACAGAAUUGGACCUCCUCGUCGACGCAAUGACUGAAUAUUACAAUCAGAAAGAAAAUCAAGAAUUGCACAAUAUUCGAGAGCCUUAUCUCGGUCAAAUUGUCGCAGCCAUGCUUCUCACUGAUAACAAAUGGUAUCGUGCUGAAAUAGUCGCAAUUCUACCAAAUAGCAAUGAUUUAGUGCUCGACGUUUACUUUUUGGAUUAUGGUGAUCAGCAGUUUGUUGGACGUAAAGAUAUUUUGGAACUGAGCGCUAUCUUUUUAUCCUUGAGAUUCCAAGCAAUUGAGUGCUUUUUGGCUCACGUUCAGCCAACAAAUACAGGCAGUAAAUUUGAAGAAUGGGAUAAUCAAGCUAUUGGCAAAUUCGAAGAACUCGUUCAAACUGGCCAAUGGAAAAAGAUGAUAAGCAAGGUUGUUACUUACAAGGAUCGUAAAUCAUUUGCAUUGCAGCGUCCAUCAAAUAAGCGUGAAAGCUCACCAGUUCCAGGCGUGGAAUUGUAUGAAGAGAAUUCAGACCGAAAUAUUGCUUUAGAUUUAGUUGAAAAUGGAUAUGCUGAAAUGUCUGAUCGUUUUGGUGACUUAGCCAAGAGUUCAGUACUUAAAAUUGCAGAUGAUGUAAAAGAAAUCUCACCAGAACCAAUGGAUAUUGCUGAUAAAUCUCAAGACACAACACCUGAUUCUAUAGAAAUAAUCUCAGAUUUAAAUGAUGUUGUAUCAGAACCAGAAGAACUAUUUCUUGAGCCCCAAGACAUGCCGUUGGAAUCUGACGAGAAGUUUGAAGAAAUUUCACCAAUGCGUAGAGAAACUCCAAAAGAUAGUAAUAUCUCAGAGCCUCCACAAGCCUUAGUUCCUGAACAAUCUAAUACUAUUCCCGAGACAAUCUCAUCCGAAUCUAAUCAAACUAAAGCCAUAGAAUCUAGAACUCCAGAGCCACUAGCUGACCACAAUAAGAAUAAUAUUAAUCCACAGUCGUUCUCAAAUGGUGGUCAGUCACAAAAGGUCAAGCCAGAAUCGAAUCCAUUUGAAGGCAACAGUCAAAUGCCUAAAAAGAAGAAGAAACUCACAACAGCUGAUUUCUUGAAGAACGAGCAAGAAAAUGCAGCAAAAAAGUACAAAACUGAUGACUGGAAUUCAAUGAUGGACGACUAAGAGUCACAAAUUAUAUCGAAUUAAGCAACAAAAUUGAAAUUGAAUGUGCCUUUCGAAUAUAAUAAUUAUUUUUAUCAUCAUUUAUCGUUUAUGGACGUUAAGCAGCCUUGAUGUUCAUUUAUAUAGCUCGUACUUUAAUGAUAACAUUUGAUGUUACUGAGAAUCUUUGAGAUUUAUUAAUCGUUUAGUAAUUUUAAGUUUUUAAUUUCCUUACAAUCAGAAAAAGUUUAUUAAAAAGUUGUUGAUGGCAAUUAAGAGAACUUUAUGGAUAGUUAAGAUGCAUUUUGCAAAGAUUGAAUCGAACAAUAAUAAAAGAGAAGCUUUUGAAC